CCAGGGUGACGGCGGCGCCGCGGCCGCAAGAUGUCGGACCCGAGCUCCGAGGAGGCCGAGGCCGACGCCGAGGAGACCGAGAGCGAGAGCGAGGAGAGCGACGCCGAGGCCGAGGAGACCGAGGAGACCGAGGCCGAUUUGGGGGAGUAUGAUGGUGAGCGCAAUUCAGCAGGUGAACGACAUGGGCGCGGGAAAGCACAGCUACCCAAUGGUGAUACGUACGAUGGUGAAUAUGAACACAGUUUGAGAAAUGGACAGGGGACCUACAGAUUUAAAAAUGGUGCUUACUACAUUGGACAGUAUCUUCAAAACAAAAAGCAUGGCCAUGGGGUUUUCUUUUAUCCAGAUGGAUCAAAAUACGAAGGAAGCUGGGUGAAUGACCAGAGACAUGGCUAUGGAGAAUAUACCUAUGCAAAUGGAGACACCUACGCUGGAGAAUGGUUUAACCACAAUAGGCGUGGCCAAGGUACAUACGUGUAUAAAGACACUGGAUCUAAAUAUGUUGGUGGUUGGGUAGAUGGAAAUCAGGAAGGAGAAGCUGAACUUAUUCACCUAAACCACAGAUUUAGGGGCAAGUUUUUGAAUGGAAAUCCUGUAGGUUGUGGAAAAUAUGUCUUUGAUAUUGGAUGUGAACAGCAUGGUGAAUACAUUCAGUCAGCAGAGGAUAAAUGGGAGGAAGAAGAAGAGGACCCCUCAUUACUUGCUGCACCAAAAUGGAAAGCAACAGAAAUUACUGCAUUAACACUCUGGACACCCAGUGAGAAAAAAGCACCUUCUCCCAGUGAAGCCUCCCCAGCAGCAGCAGAGGCGGCAGCAGCAGCAGCAGGUGAAGCAGUGGAAGAAACGGGAGGAGCAGUAGAUGGAGAGGAGACAAUGCCAACAAAUGGAGUCACUGAUGAGACCGCUGACGGUAGGGAUGAUGAGCCUUCUCCUCAUGAAGUAUCCAGUGAAGUUUUUAGCCCUGAAAAGCAUGCAGAGGAGGAAGAUGAGAGAAGCAGAGGGGAAGAAGAAAACAAACAAGCUCAGGAGGACCAAGGAACUGCUAGUUUAGAGGAUAAGGAGGAUGAAUCAAAGGAAGCAGAAUAAUUGGAUACAACCAACAACAAAGACCGGCAAAAAAAAAUCAGAGUAAAUCAUUUGUUAUGGUAAAUCUGAAAUAUUUUAUUCAUAAAAAGCCUAGUUAAGCUAUUUUGAAUAAACAUUUAUGUCACUGUUCUGUCUGGAAUAUA